AUGAAAGACCCUCUUCGCGACAAUGCCACCAAAUUGGCACUCGCAAAUAUCGACGCCAAUCUUGGGCAGAGUCUGACCGCCCAGCGGAUACUACUCGAGGAGCUCAUUGGAGAGCACAAUCCGCCAUUGUCUUACACCCAUCUUCGGACCCGACAAAGUGUUCCAUACACUGCCGACAAACUUCGGGAGCACUUGAUGGGCCUCGUCAAGGGCAGCAGUGGUGCACGCGAAGAUUUGAAGGGACCCGACAUCUUCAAGUUUGGAAGCGACGUCCUCAAGGCCGAGUAUCUUCAAAGCAUCGGCUACACGAAAGCAUCGAUUUUUGGUCCAGCAGCGGGGCAGGCGAUUGGAACCCCUGCCGAAGGUGACCUCCAGCACAAUGCAGCCAAUACUGGCCAAGACGCAACAACAGUGCCGCAGCCAGCAGGAGUCAAGCGAUCAAUCGACGAAACAGAUGAGUCGCCAGAAGUUCCCGAUCCGAAGCGCAACAGAAGCGACAACACAGCUCCAGGGAGCCAACAAGAUGAGAUCAGUCCAGAUGCCUCGAAAAUUACAAAUCUGCAGUUCAAGUCGUUGCAGGAGUCGAAUAGCGCUAUCGUGUCGUCUAUUAGUGACGAGAACUCGAAUAGCAACAAGGAGGUUUCACAUGAGCAAAACAUCACCGCACUAGCCUCACCGACGCAUUCAGCAGCUCCCGAUGACACAGACCCCUCGACAUUGCGAGUGAAGAAUCCAGAGCCAGAUCAGAACGAAGAAUUGCAAGCCCGGUACAAUAACCUCAGGUCGCAAUUCGAUGCUCUGAAGUCUCAGAACCAGAGUCUGCACGCCGAGAAUGGGGUAUGGGAGUCCAGGUAUAAAGACUUACUCAACACGGGCAUCGAAUCGACCAAGACGCUGGGUAGCGGUACUCGAGUGACAGAGGCAGCUGUAGUUCAGACAGCAGACGAGGUCAUAGCGUGGACCGAGAAAGAACCAGACGAGCUGAAGCGCAUGGAUGAAAUCGGCUUGCCGCGCCUGGUAGAAGACUACGAGGACGACCUCGCCAAGCCAGUCGACGCAAAUGCUGCUUGGCCGCGCCCAAUCGACGAGCUCCAGAACGUAGAUCGAAUGUUGGGAAGUGAUUCCAAUGCGUUCAGGGCGCCACAUGCGGCGCGUGGCAGGCUUGAUCAAUCAGGUGUUGGAUAA